UUCUUAACAAACUACACCCUAAAACACACGUCUUCUCCAUAUUUCGAAACUAUCACAGUCUCUCUAUACGUCGGCACACUCCCGAAGCACUAUAUAAAUCCUCCGUCGUCUUUGCCACCGAAAAUUUCAGUCACAGUCCAUGCGUCUCGCCAUAUCACAGUCUUCAGAGGUAAAAACGCGUUUCUCCUUCUGCUACGCGUUCACGCCUAUUUGCUUCUGCGACAGCCGACAGCCUCUCAGCCGCACGCCUGCCUCCUCCCUCCGCCCUCAGCCGCACGUCUCCCUUCAUGAUUUGGAAGAACUGGAUCCAUUUCUACUGCAAUUGUAAGUAACAACCGAAUCAUUUCCAAACUGCAUGAUAAGUUCUUAUGAUGUUCAAAUCCAAGAUAAAAUGGGUAGCACUUGGAGGUCUGGUUCUAUCUUUUCUGUCAUUGCUUGUACAUAUGUUUCUUGCAAACACAAGUGCAGAGCUAGUGCAAUACCAUGUGAUGACAGGGUUUCUUGAGGAUCUAAAUGUAAAUGUCAUGGGAAAACAGGGUGGUGCAUCUAGAAAGUUGUGGAAGAAGGUUAAGCCUUUAGAGGCUUUGCAGCCUUAUGCAAACCCUAGGAAGAAAUACCCUGUUCCUGUACACAAGAACAAUGGGUUCAUACAUGCGAAAAUCUUUGGUGGGUUUGAGAAGAUUAGAUCAUCGAUUUGUGAUCUUGUUACCAUAUCCAGGCUUCUCAAUGCUACUCUUGUCAUCCCAGAGCUUCAAGAAAGUGUUAAUUCCAAAGGCAUUGGCUCCGAAUUUAAAAGCUUCUCAUAUCUUUACAAUGAAGAACACUUGAUAAAUUCUCUUAAAAAUGAUGUAAUCAUUGUAAAAGACCUUCCACCAAAGCUGAAGGAGGCAAGAAAACGUAAAGAAUGUCCGAUUUUUAAGCCCAAAAGCUCAGCUUCACCCGAGUAUUAUGUCAAACAAGUGUUGCCAAAGUUAAAAAAGGGGAAAGUUAUUGGAUUAGUGAUCAUAGAUGGUAGCUGUCUACAGGCUAUCCUCCCACCUAAAUUGGCUGAAUAUCAGAGGCUUAGAUGCAGAGUAGCAUUUCACGCGCUUAAUUUUCGUCCAGAAAUUCUGGCAUUGACACAUCAGAUGUUGAAAAGGUUACGAGCUUCAGGGCAACCUUAUCUUGCAUAUCAUCCUGGUCUUGUAAGAGAUUCUUUAGCUUAUCAAGGUUGUUCUGAGCUUUUCCAGGAUGUUCAUACAGAACUCAUUCAGUUCCGAAGGGCACAAAUGAUUAAACAAAAACUUCUUCAUGGAAAACCAAGUGUCGAUUCAUAUAUUCAGAAAGCUAAGGGGUUGUGUCCACUUAUGCCUGAAGAGGUAGGACUUCUUCUGCGGGCUAUGGGGUACCCACCAAUGACACGGAUCUACUUAGCAGGUUCGGAAAGGUUUGGUGGUCAACGUGUAAUGAUCCCACUACGUGCCAUGUACACAAACUUAGUAGACCGAUCAAAUCUAUGCAAUAAAUACGAACUAAACAAAUUACUAGGCACAGAAACACCACUUCCUUUAUCCCCCUUCAAUUACACUCCCACCAAAACCACCACCGAGUGGGACCACGCCGGCCCUCGUCCCCGCCCUCUGCCGCCGCCACCAGGGCGGCCGAUUUACCAGCAUGAAAAAGAAGGGUGGUAUGGUUGGAUUGCAGAGAAGGAUUCGGAGCCGGAUCUUUCGGCGAUUGAUUUGAGGGAGAAAGCUCGGAGGUUGUUGUGGGAUGCGAUUGAUUAUGUUGUGUCGGUUGAGGCAGAUGGUUUUUUUCCCGGGUUUAAUAAUGAUGGGACUGGGUGGCCGGAUUUUUCGAGCUUGGUUAUGGGACAUCGCCUUUAUGAGAUGGCGUCUUCCCCAACUUAUCGACCUGAUAGGAAAUUUCUUGCAAAUCUGUUCAACAGCACUAGAGACAACCUAUAUUUCCCAAGACGAAAUUGGACGCUUGCAGCUCGUAAACAUCUAAACAACAGCCUUGGAGAUGAGGGACUAAACCGUCAAUUCCAUCAAUCAAAACCAAGCUCUUUCCUUUCCCACCCAAUCCCAGAAUGCACUUGUACAAUCUUUAAACAAUUUGGGAACACCAAGUGUCCUAAAUGGCUCAAAGAGAGUUUCACAGAAUCCAAAACACAAGAGACUAAAAUAACAGAUGAAAAUGAACAACAACCUGAUGAUGAAACUGAUGAAUGGCAAUCGGGUUCAGAAGAUGAAAACCAAUCAAACAAUUCGAGAUUUGAACAAGAUUCUGAAAUAGAUCCAAACGAUUAAAAGAUAUACGGGUUAUUUUUUUUUUAUUACUUACAUGAUAUUCUUUUGGAUAGAGGCGAAUAAAAGUCUAAUACAGUUAAAGAUGGGCCCCAGUGUGCGUUGUCAAAUAUUACGAACAACACAUGGAAAUACGAACAUGGUAUAAGUUUAGGUUCAUUGGUUUAUUCAUUUUUAUAGAUAAUUUGUAUAUUGAUUCAAGGCUUUCAGCUCAUAAGAAGUAGAAACAAUUGUUUUUGGAUGCA